AGUCUUGGAGAUUCUUGUCUCUGCAGUAGUAGGUAAAGUCAGUCGUGGAAACAUUUGCGAUAGAGAUGGCGUUGAGAGCCAGUUUAUUGCCUCAGGGGAUAGUCCACUGCCUGCACGGGGGUGAUAUCUUAUCUCUGUCAGGGAGGUGUGGCUCGCGGGUUAAUUAGCACGGUGAAUAGACAAAUCUUGGAAUGUGUGCUCACUCAUUUCACAUGAGCUUCUGUAUUAGGGUGAUUAAGAGAUGUCAUAUUUCAUUUGCAACAGUUGUCGUUUGCUUUUAAAAUCGGUCUUGAGCCUUGAGUGGCAUUGCACUUUCUUUCAGACAGCGAUGUGGAAGAGCCGAUGGAUGACUCGUCAAUUACGUCGCCCUCUCCAGAACACGACAUGGACAGGCCGAAUAGCAACAGUUCGACCGUCCUGACAGAGAUGGCUGUACCAUCACCGGAGGCUAAUGAACAGAGCAAGGCGAUGAGGAGGGUUGAGUGGCCGAUCAAGGAGGGGACAAAGCUGGGACCAUUCUCUGCAAGGAUUGCAGUCGUCCAGGACGAUUGUGUCAAGGAGAACUCCAUCUGUGUAAGGGGUUCAAGUAAAAGUUUAUUCAGCAUUUUCAUUUUGGAGUAUUACACUGAAGAGAUGUUGAUUCAGACAAACAUCAGACCCGCUAGUGUGAAUGGACCCAAGGCAGCAAUAGUCUAUAUCUACAAACCAGACAAGCAGCUGUAUCUGCUCACACUGAAGGAUGUGGAAGAACAUGAGAACAUCCCCACCGUGUUCUUGGAAGGGGGCCAGGACAGGCACCCAGGGUCGAUGGAGGUCGAUGACCUCCUCCGGCAAGAGGUCGCUGCAGAGACGCAAAAAUCUAGCCGAGGUGCCUCAUCACCAGCUGGGAGCUUUCCAAGCCCUUCAGAGGGCGCCAGUCCAAAGAGAGAUCUACUAGGUCCCACCAGCCCCAAUGACACAGCUGGCAUUCAGGAGCCUCUUGGAGUGCCAUCUGUAAGCUGCCAGUCCUGUGGUGUCACUUUCAGAAACCCUGCAAAUCUAAGUGCACAUCAGCUCUACUACUGCGCUGCCAGAGAAACUACACCUGUCCCUCCUUCAACCAGGAGCCGUCCUCCACGCCAUUCAAGCACACCCAGAGAAGCAUAUGCUGCAGAUCAGGCUGCAUUUGCCAAAGAGACUGGAAAACCUGAAGACCUAGUCUGUAUUCUGUGUAAAGCCAGGUUCUCUAAUCUUACUAACUGUCUGAGCCAUAUGAUCAAGUUGCACACUGAGCAGAACUCACAGGCAUGCAAGUGCUGUAACUUCAUCAGUGUGGACGUUAAGUUGCUCAAGGAACACAUGUUGAUUCAUGUUAGAGGAAGUGGGAUCAACCCGAAUAUCUUCAUGGCAUCUCAAGGCAGUCAUGCUCUGAUGGGGCCAUUGGCCUUUCAUGGGCCAAAGGACAGGAGGUUAGAGGAGAAACGAAAGAGAAAGAAACAUCACCAGGCACCUGGUAGCCAGACCUUGACUGCUCCACGUGAGGAUGGGGGAUUGAGUUCUUCAGCAUUGGAGCAAGAUCAUGAUCAAACUGAUGUUACCAAAAACCGAAGUGUUGUCAAAGGCAAUGAACACAAUGGGGUCUUGACAACCAAUAGCAUAAAUGCAGAGCCAAGUCAAUCGACUUCAGAGAGCAGAUGUACCCCUCCAACAUCCUCUAGUGAUCUUGGGAAGGUUCAGAAUGAACUCCAGACUAGACCCAUUGGAAGAUUCCUCUGUGUUGAAUGCGACAUCUACUUCUCAAGCCACAAAAACUUUGUUGCCCAUAAGCAGUUCUAUUGUCAGGGUCACACAAAGGAAAGGAAACAAUCAGGACACGUGCAAGUACCUCCUCUCCCUACCCCACCUGUUCCAUUAGUACAGUGUGGAAACUGUGGUGCUGUGUUCCCUAGUAGAGACAAACUGGCAGUUCACACCUUGUACUUCUGUCACUGUAGGAAACCAGAUAAAAUUAGCGCACAAGACUCUGAAGCACUAACAGACAAAUCUAGUCAACAAGGGAGAUCUAGUCCAAAUGAAGGAACUGGCAGCCAUGAUGAAGAGGGGGACAAAACAAAAUCCGACAAUUCAAAAAUAAAAGUGGAUUCAUCUGCCAACCCUCAUAUAAAAGUAGAGCCAGAUGAAGGACACCAAGGGAAUGAUAAAGAUCAUAAGCAGAGUGUUACAGACAAUGAGCAUGUCCCUCCAAAUGCUUCUUCCUACAAGGUCGGUACGGCUAGCAGUGGCCUGUCACCAGGAUCAGUUCUCCUUGCUCCAGGAAAUAUGCCAACUUACAUUGGAAGACAGGGUAAUUCACCAGUCUACAUUGUAGCCUCACAUGUGUUUGUGACUCCACCAGGUGAAAAUGGAUCAAGAGGAGUACCUCAAGCUCCUUACCCUCCAUUCUCUGCUGCCAUCCCAGUGGGUCGAGAACUAGUACUUAAAGGGGAACAUGGUACACCCAUUCCCGGUGAGAGACCAUUGGACCUUACUGUGCGCAAGCGAAAAGGUUCUGAUGAGAGUGUGUCUGAAGGAGGCAGUGCCUCUAAGGUCCUCAAGAAUGAGCCUGUUGAUCAGAAAGGUAUUGCAUCAUCACCCACAUCGCAGUCAGAUACAGCAUCAAGUAUCCUUCCACCAUUUAACCUUCCUAACUUCCCAGGGCACGUCCAGUACAAGUGUCCAGGUUGUCACAUAGCUUUCAAUCGUCUUGAAAGCCUGGAUAUCCACAGGCAAUUCUAUUGUCAGUCUGAGAGUGGCAGUGGAAACCAGACGCCUGUUCUUCACCCAAGCACAUCUAUCCCUGUACAUACGACUUUGCCAGCACUUCCCUAUUAUCAGAUAGUAUCCAAUCCCAGUCCUGCCAAUGGUUCUGCCCUUGUGCCUGCACUGGCAACAGUUAACCUCAGAGACAAUCACUCUGCUACUUCUGAAAGUAAAGGAAAUGAAGGAAGUCCAUCAUUGUCAAAGGGCAGAUCUAGCUCCAGUCCCGUUUCUGAAGCCAUGGAAGGUGUGAGUACAUCGAGUAGGACUUCACCUUCAUAUCAUGAAUCUGACUCUAAGGAAAAUAAGAUUGAUGACCAAGUAAAAGGGACUAAGAUCAUGCAUCUUCAUUCUAGCAAAUCCUUAGAGACUACAGAGAUGCGACAAAACAAGGGAUCCAGUCCUUCAACUCCAUCAAUGUCUCCGACAAUUCCUGGCUCACCAAAUAAUUUUACUAGGUAUCUAGGAAGCCAGAAUGGAGAAUCUGGUGGACAGAACAUCCCCUUGUAUGUACCAUCUGUAGUGAGAUACAUGUGUCCAGCUUGUGGGGUGUCUUUCAUGAAGUUGGAGUCAUUGUCUGCUCAUCAACAUUUCUACUGCAGGGCCUCGCAAGAAGACCUGAGCAGUGAUGGCGGUAGUGCCAGAGGCAAGGAAAUUGUGUCAUCUGAUUCAAUCCUUAGAACAAGUUCCUUAACGCCAAGGUCUAGUAGCAGAAGUUCCGACAGUGCACCAAUAUCUGAGAUCAGAAGGCCAUCAUCAGGUCAUGCUAGCAGAAGGAGUGAGCCAUCAGUAGCUAUGGACACCGGAGAGAAAGCUGAUACUGGAGAAGCUGCUCAAGGACAACUCAAUGGCAGCAAUGUUCAAGCUGUCUUGACAAGAUCAGAAAAGUGUGAUGAUUCUGGAAAUGAAUCAAGAACUUCUUUGUCUCCUGAUGAUAGCGCACAUGACAAUGCAUCUGGUAUUGAUGUAAAAUGCAAAGAGAGUCGUAAGAAAACUGAUGGUUCGUGCAAAAUUAAAAUUAAAGAAGAGAAAGAAGAAGAAAGUUAUGACGCAUCCGCAAAUACAGCUUGUUCUAUAACAGACAAUAACAAUAUGACCCAUGUCAAGUUGGAGAAAUUAGAUGAUGGCUCCUGCUGUUCCGGUUCUGAAAAACUGCUCCCAAAUUCUUGCAGGCAAGAAAAUGGGACCAAGGAAACGGGCACUAUGUACAAUGGAUGCCACAGUCCAGGAGGUGAGGAUGGCAAACUACCCCAAACAGCUGACAGUACUGAAUCAAGUUCCCCAGCCUCGCCACCUAGCGGAAUGAAUGGAUCAAGGCAGAAUGGAUCAGGGGCUACUGCCGGGGCUGCAGGUCGACCAGCUCCUGUGAUGUUGAAGCACUGCAGGUCCUGUAAUAUCAGCUUCUCUAGCUUGUCUACAUUCAUUGCUCACAAGAAGUACUAUUGCGCUUCUCACCAUGUUGCCAAGAAUCCUGUCCAUUAGGUUAUGUUCUAUCAUUUUAGUCCAUCAUGAACUAUACCCAUCCCCCAAUAAAAAAAAAACACCUUAAAACAAAUGCACAAACCCAGCUACAAAU